UUGACAGUGAGAGGACCUUUCUUUUUUUUGAUGAGUUUGUAUAUAUGUGUAUCUUUGAACUGACAAUCACCAAAAUACAUUUGUCAGGGAGAAUUUGAAAUUCUUUUAAUUUACCUGUAUUGAUUUUAUGUUUUGAGCAAAGGAACACCGCUUUAGUCAUGGUAGAAUGGGAAUUUAAUUUCUCUCAGUAUUUGCUAUAUAGGGCACUAUAAAAUCAGCGUUUUGCAGAAAACGUGGACGGAAUACAGGCAUUAAAAUAGAAUUAAAAAUGUAUUAUACUUAUUAGAAAAUAACUUAAUUUGCCCAAGUUAAUCAUAAUGUGGGAACAAAAUGCUUCAGUAAUUUGUAUUUUCUGCCACUUUCUGAAACGGCACAGGAAUGCCCAUCUCUGUGUUAUGUAAACCCCCACCGAUAUGGGUUUCACUGACUUAUACAGUAUCUGCUGAUAUUUUUAUUAUAGCUGGACCCAAAAAAUAUCAUGAAAUGAUUGUGCUUAAAACAGCACUAACAAAGAUACUCAAAGCUGAUCUCUUAAAUUUGAGGAAAGGACAUUAAUGUAAGCACCACAUACAAUUUAGUAGCACCAGAAAGACAAUAUAUUUUUUUAAAUAGAUAAACUUACUCUAUUGAAAGGAGGAUAUACUGCACACAGAUUCCAGCAAAUAAUUAUUCUCUGAAGACUGAGCUGACUUAUACUAGCCAGCUGGAAAACAAUGACAUGGAACACAUUUUCAAUGUAUUGGUACUUAGCUAUAUUUUCGUAAAUUGUAGGGCUGUAGCCACUGAAUUCUGGUAGUAGUCACUGGAAAGGAAAAACAUCAAUCACAACAUUUGCAGCUGGAAUAGCGCUGCCUCUCGCCCAAGGCGUUGCCUCAGUGAAUGGUAUUUUCUAUGCGGGAUCUUUGAAGUUUAACUUUUUAAAAUGGUAAGGUUUAUGAUUUAGGUUAGGGUUUAGCAUAGGGACGUCCCAAGGAUUCCUGUUAACACUACCCUCAGUGAACGGUGUCCACUACUCUCACACUGCUGGCAAGAUGGGGGUGACGAAACGUGAAUUUGGACCAGUCCCUGACAAAUGACAACCCAUACAUCAAAAAGUAGCCAUGAAGCGCUAUUUUGUAACCUGCUGUUUUUGUGUGUGUCUAUAUAAACAUUUGAAUGACAGAGCUUGAGGAAUAACCUUUGCAAAGAGCAAAUAUAAAACACCAGAUUUUUCCGGCUUCACUAAAGGGCUGCAACGUUAACAUCACCAAAGUUGAACGUUCUUAGCACGGCUUUACAUUUGGGCACAGCAUCAAUUGUUUUUUACGACACCCAAAACCAUACCAUGACACUUAAUGUAACAGUAUAUGGCCAGUGUGCAUUUCUGGCACUUUAUUGAGCUGCCAAGCUUCUAUCUACGAAGCACUCAACGUAGAAGCAGUAACAGUUAGUAAUUCACUGUCCUCCCCGACAAGUGUAGUUGCGUUGGGUGAUCGUGUCCAGUCUUGCUGUAUCGCGCCAUGGCAAGGUGGGUUUAUAGCCAUGUAAAGAGUGCCCUAUUAAUUAUUUGGCGAUACAAAUACAUUCAUAAAAGUCCAACCAAUAAAUCGGUCGGCCUCUAGUGGGGUGCGCGCGUAUGUCUAGAGUGUGUACAUUGUGCAGCCGUUUGCUAUCAUGCUAAUGAUAACCGUAUGCUGGUAAUGGAAAGGUUUUCCCAAAAACCUUAUUGAUUUUAAAUGUUAACCACAAAGUAGCCUAUGCCUACCUGGCAUAAUGACAUCAUGAUUAUUUGUAUCAAUCAAGUGGCCAUUUGUUUGGCACACUGCAAUCACAUGAGUGCUACAGAAACACUGCUAGCUAAACUAAACAACAGCAUGGUGUGCACCUGCAUUAAAGAAUAGCUACACCCAAAAUUCUAAGUUUCUUUAGGUUUUUCGCACAACUCAAGUGGUCUCCUAAUGUGUUUUAAAGGAAUACUUCUGGAUUUUGGCAAUCUAUUUCCCUAGAGGCAGAUGAGGUCGUGAAUACCAUUUGUAUGUCUGUCCUGUAUGAAGGAAGUUGGUAGUUUUUGCGAGCCGGUGCUAACUAGCAUUAGCGCAAUGACUGGAAGUUUGUGGUAUCUACUCAAAAUAAAACAGAUUUGUAUAAUGCCCUAGCUUUAAAACUGCAAACAUUUUAGCUCCACUCCAUGGAGAAACGUGUAGAUUUGCAGGAAAUUGGCUUAAAAAAUAGUGUCCUCUUAUGACGAUUCCCCCUCUUACACUGUAUCCUUCGCUCUUUCCCCCUGUAAAGAAGGCCAUAGAUGCAAUGCGAGCGCUGACACCCACCAACUCCCCUCUGUCGUCACCAAGCAAACAUGGCGACCGCUUCAUCCCCUCCCGCGCCGGCGCCAACUGGAGCGUCAACUUCCACCGCAUCAACGAGAAUGAGAAGUCCCACAAUCAGAACAGGAAGACAAAGGAUGGCACAACAGACACUAGCAAAGUAUUCUGUCUGUGUCAAACGGUCUCUCCCUGAGGAUGGCAACACGGUCUCUCCAUACUCCCUGUCUCCUGUUAGCAGCAACAGUCAGAAGCUGUUACGGUCGCCUAGGAAACCCACACGUAAGAUCUCUAAGAUCCCCUUCAAGGUGCUGGAUGCUCCGGAGCUGCAGGAUGACUUCUACCUCAACCUGGUGGACUGGUCCUCGCUCAACGUCCUCAGUGUCGGCCUGGGAACCUGUGUCUACCUGUGGAGCGCCUGCACCAGCCAGGUGACGCGUCUGUGUGACCUGUCAGUGGAGGGGGACUCUGUCACGUCAGUGGGCUGGUCAGAGAGGGGGAACCUGGUAGCAGUGGGGACUCAUAAGGGCUAUGUACAGAUCUGGGAUGCGGCAGCAGGGAAGAAGCUGUCUGUACUGGAGGGACACACAGCCAGAGUGGGUGCGUUGGCGUGGAAUGCCGACCAGUUAUCGUCGGGCAGUCGUGAUAGGGUGAUCCUGCAGAGGGACAUCCGAGCCCCACCCCUCCAGUCAGAACGCCGUCUCCAGGGACACAGACAGGAAGUCUGCGGCCUCAAGUGGAGCACAGACCAUCAGCUGCUGGCCUCAGGGGGUAACGACAACAAGCUACUGGUAUGGAACCACUCCAGUGUUCUCCCGGUGCAGCAGUACACAGAGCACCUGGCUGCGGUGAAGGCCAUCGCUUGGUCCCCCCAUCAGCACGGCCUGCUGGCAUCUGGAGGGGGCACAGCCGACCGCUGUAUCCGCUUCUGGAACACCUUGACGGGCCAGCCCCUGCAGUGCACCGACACCGGAUCCCAGGUGUGCAACCUGGCCUGGUCUAAACACACCAAUGAACUGGUGAGCACACACGGUUACUCCCAGAACCAGAUCUUGGUGUGGAAGUACCCCUCCCUCACACAGGUGGCGAAACUCACAGGCCACUCUUACAGAGUGCUCUACCUGGCCAUGUCCCCUGACGGAGAGGCCAUCGUGACAGGCGCCGGAGACGAGACCCUGCGCUUCUGGAACGUCUUCAGCAAGAUGAGGUCCACCAAGGAGUCUGUAUCUGUUCUGAACCUGUUUACCAGGAUCCGGUAGCCAGAGGGAUGCUAGUGUCCAACAAGGGAACAUGGGGGUGAACCAGCCCACUGGAUUUCAUUCUGAAAAACAACUCCCCUUCUCUGCCCCCUUAUGUCCUCCUAGGCCUCUGGUAGCCUAUGGCCCUUUCAAAUACCUAAGGCCAGGUCGUGAAGCCGAUAGAUGGGAGUCAAUAUUCCAGUGGAAUAAAUCCUAUCCUCACAACACCCAUCACAAUCAGUGUGACAUUACAAGGCCACACCCCCAUACAGUACCAUUGGUGAUUUUCCCUGGAAGAGGAGGAUUCUGGGAUGUUAUCUUCCCCAAGUGAUUCUGUUUUGUUUACAGACAGACUGUGCAUACUUGCCAAAUAUGAAGUUUGUCCUUUUUUUUGAAUGUUUUAUUUAUUGUUAAUCACGUAACGUCGCCAGUGUGCUUCAGCAGACUUUGUUUUGUUUUCUGUGUGAGUGAAUGUUGCGUGUCGGACUCUUCAGCGAAGAGCCUGAAGCUUUUGUUUGUUUGUGCCUUAAAGGGAUAGUUUACAUCUAAAAUGAAAGUAUGUCAAAUGUUUUUUUGCCUCACGAGGUAUGAAAAUGUGUGACAUGCUUUGACUUCAGGGUGAGCUGUCCUGUACCUAUUUGUAAACUAUAGAUUAUUUUUUUUUUUACAUGUUGUAGACCAUUCUAAUUUAUUCACCCGGUAAAAAAAAAAGUUUUAAGUUAAUUGUGUGAUGUGUGUCAAUAAUGGUGAAAAUCUUACAUUUUUUAAUUAGAAAACAAAUCUGCAGUUGUCAUUUUGAAAUUUGAGCAGUGGCCAAAAACUAACUACAUAAAAUCACUUGCAGUUUCUCUGUAAAUUGUGUUGUUUUGCCAGUUAAUUGUCUUUUUUUAAUUUUUAACCAAAGUAUCAGUACUCAGUAAUCACUUGCAUGGAUAUAUGUAGGUUAACCUACAUUUACAGAGACACAUUUUUGGUGUCUUUUGUUCUCAGAAAAUGUCAUUGCACUCAGUCUAACGAACAAGUAGUAUUUGGGAACGUAGGUAAAAAAAACUAGGCAUAAACUUUGGAAUUUAUACUUAUACAGGAUAAAAUAUAAACAUUUUAUUUUUUUCCCUGGGUGUAGCAGUAACUGAAAUGCGCUGUAAAGAAAAAGGAAAAACAUUCAUGGUCUCUUAAAAGGCCUUGAUGGUUGCAUUGUGCUAUAUGUGUCUGUCUGCGGUAUAAAGAUAUUUAAUCCAGGGCACUUAUUUUUUCUCAGCAUUUCUUUGUUUGAUUCUUGUAGUGGUACCUUUUUUUUCAUUUUCUCAGUUUGGAUGUGGCUUUUGAGUGACCUUUUGUGCCGUCUUUGAAUGAGUGCUAUUUAUUUGAGCUGUGUAAAAGUGUCCAGUACACACACAGCAUGUGUGUAUUAUUCUGAGAGUUGAUUUAUCUGAUAGUUGAAAGAUGGAACGCUGACUUGUACAGUGUAUAUACUAGCUCCAGUCCUAGCUAAGCGUUUGUACUUAUUAUUUCAUGCCACAGAAACAGAACAAAGAAUGCUGCCAAAUUGAAAUGCAUAAAGAAUGUUAUGAAGAUCAAAAAAUAUUUCUGUACUGAGAAAAAAAUAAAGUGAUCACAUCACUA